AUGCUCGGACUUGGCACAACGCUUCGACCAGCUUUCGCCUUUGGACGACAAAUCGCUCAACUAUCAACACAUCAUGAGAAGAUGUUGAUCGUUCAGCGAGUCGGUGCCAAGCAAAACGUGGGAUUAAUCAAACUGAAUCGACCGAAAGCGCACAACGCUCUUUGCACGCCACUUAUGAAAGAGAUGCAAACGGCUGUCAAAGAGUUCGAAGAAGACGACAAAAUUGGAGCCAUUGUGAUCACUGGAAGCGAAAAAAUUUUUGCGGCAGGGGCUGAUAUCAAAGAAAUGGUAGUAAAAGAUUUUGCGACAAUUUACACGGGAAAGGAUCAUUUCCUUGAUGAGUGGAAGACAAUCGCCGAAUGCAAGAAGCCGAUCAUUGCAGCUGUUAAUGGGUUUUGUCUUGGUGGUGGCUGUGAAUUGGAGGUUCCCGGUGCUGGAGGGAGUCAAAGAUUAACGCACGCUGUCGGGAAAUCUCUUGCGAUGGAAAUGGUACUCACGGGAAAUCGCAUUGAUGCAGAAACGGCAUUGAGAGCUGGUCUUGUUUCAAAGGUAUACCCAGCAAAGGAGGUUCUUGCCAAAGCGAUCGAACUUGGCGAAAAGAUUGGCGAACAAUCACCGUUGAUUGUGCAAAUGUGCAAAGAAGCUGUGAAUAGUGCCUACGAGUUGACGCUGAAAGAAGGACUUCACUUUGAAAGACGUUUAUUCCAUGCCACUUUUUCUACGCAUGAUCGAAAGGAGGGAAUGAGUGCUUUCGUCGAAAAACGAAAACCAAAGUGGACCUCGGCU